AUGACACGGCCAGUCGGCUCGGACCAACGCUCCCCAUCGCCUCAUGCAACCUCAGAUACCAGCUCGACCGCCAGCAACUCUACAUCACUAGUCCGGUCAUUAUCACAAGAACGAACAACGUCGAGACAAACGUCUCGAUCCAAGGUCAAACGGCCGGGUUCAUCUCGGGCCCAUUCUGCUGCAUGCUUGGACGACCAUGCAGUCUACCACAACUCCGAAGACAGCGAGAGUCGCGAUGAGGAGGAAGAUGACACUUCCUUGGACGCGACCAAAAUAGAGACGGUCGAGGAAGUCCGAGAUGGGAUCUUGAAUGAGCGAGAUGUCGAUAUAGAGCGAGGUCAGGCUCCUGUGGAAGAUCUGGAGAAAUCGAGAACUCUGCGGUCGACCAAGUCGCGCCAUGGUGGAAAGCUGGUGACGUGGGACGGACCAGAUGAUCCCGAAAACCCCAAAAAUUGGCCCACGCGCAAGAAGUGGGCUGCCACGCUCACAGUCUCACUGUUCACGUUCAUGUCGCCCGUUUCAUCCUCCAUGGUCGCUCCCGCCUUGUCGACCAUUGCUGCCCAAUUUGAUGUUACCGACCAGAUUAUUUCGCAGCUGACGCUCUCAAUCUUCGUUCUCGCCUACGCCGUCGGCCCUCUCAUCCUAGGACCUCUGUCGGAGAUCUACGGACGGGCAAUUGUUCUUCAACUGGCCAAUGCGUUUUUCUUGGUCUUCAAUAUCGGUUGCGCCGUCUCCCAGAACAAGACCCAGCUCAUCGUCUGUCGCUUCUUCUCCGGCCUCGGAGGCAGUGCCCCCCUGGCCAUUGGUGGCGGUGUUCUCUCCGAUUGCUUCAGGGCCGAAGAGCGAGGCAAAAGUAUUGCUGUCUACAGUCUUGCUCCCCUUCUUGGACCCGCGCUGGGUCCCGUGGCGGGAGGGUUCAUCGCCGAAAAUACCUCUUGGCGAUGGGUCUUUUACUCGGUGUCCAUUGCCGAUGCGCUCAUCCAAUUCAUGGGUCUCUUCCUCCUCCGCGAGACCUAUGGACCCCGCAUCCUCAAAGAUCGUGCCACGCGUCUCCGCAAGGAAACGGGUGAUCAGUCGUGGAAGACCGAGGCUGAAAUGCAGAGACAGACCCUCGCCCAAGUUUUGCGCGGUUCUCUCGUCCGCCCAUUCCGUCUUCUGCUCACUCAAUCGAUUGUCCAGGUCGUCGCAUGCUACAUGGCCUACAUCUACGGGCUCAUGUACCUUGUCCUUUCGACCUACCCAGCCCUCUGGACCAGUCAAGAGUAUUAUCACGAGUCCAUCGGCAUCGGCGGAUUGAAUUACAUCGCCCUGGGACUCGGCUUUUUCCUCGGCUCCCAAAUCUGCGCCCCGCUAAAUGAUCGGAUCUACCGACGACUCAAAGAUCGUAACGACGGUGUGGGCCGGCCCGAGUUUCGCGUGCCGCUGAUGAGCAUCGGUGCACUUUUCGUGCCCGUCGGAUUAUUCAUCUAUGGCUGGACCGCGCAAACACACCGGCACUGGAUUGCGCCGAACAUCGGCACCGUGAUCUUCGCCGCGGGGACAAUCAUCUCGUUUCAGUGUAUGCAGACCUACAUAGUCGAUGCGUAUACGCGGUUUGCCGCCAGCGCACUGGCGGCGUCUUCGUUUCUGCGCUCGCUGGCCGGAUUCGGGUUCCCCCUGUUCGCACCGUAUAUGUAUGAAAAGUUGCAUUAUGGAUGGGGCAAUAGUGUGUUGGCGUUGAUCUCAAUUGCGAUCGGGUUUCCAGCGCCGUUUUUCUUGUGGAAAUUUGGCCAGGCGCUGAGGAAGAAGAGCACGUAUGCUGCGGGGUGA